AUGGAAGGUUUCGAAAAACUAAAGAACAUGAAGACUUUUUGUUCUGUUGCUCCGGCUGCGAUAGAAAACAAGUUCGAUAAUAGCGCCGAUGUUGCCUUUAAACCCGGCAUAGAUAAUGUCCAUAUUUUAACCAUAAAUCGUCGUCUGAUUGAAGCUGGUAUUAAAUCUGAAAUCGGUGCUGUCAAGGAUAUAUUAACGGACGAACACCGAGCUGGGAGGCUAGCAUUUGUUCGAUGGUAUGUCAAUCAGCCAAUAGAUUUUUGGAGAAUAGUGGUAUUUACGGACGAGAAAAGUUGGUCGUCUUCAUCUCGUGGUGGUGUUCGAGUCCGUCGGUUAAAGAAAGAAAGAUCCGAGAAAAGAAACAUAUUGAAUAUCAAGAGAAGUGGUCGAACAUUCGUAUCCGUUUGGGGAGGCAUGUGGUCAGGUGGAUUGACAAGGCUAAGUCGAGUGGAAAGAAAUUUGACGACAGUGCAGUAUGUUAACACACUUAAAACAAAUUUGAUUGCCUUCAUUAGAGCUAAUUUUCAGCGUGGUGAGAGGAUAACGUUCGUCCAAGACAAUUCACGCAUUCAUACAGCCGUUCACACGCGAACUUGGCUUGGAUUUACUCCAAAUCUCUUUGCGCUUGAAUUGCCGACAAAAGGAUGUGACAUGAAUCCCAUAGAAAAUUUAUGA